AUGCGUCCGAGUUUCGUUACGCUUUCAAUUGCGGCAGCAGUUGCUGCCCUCCCGGGAACUCCGCUUGGCUAUGAGCGUGCUCUCCUCAAGCGUGCUCUGGAGCAAAGGACAGAUGGAAACUCCAGCACGGCGAGCUGUCUCGGCGAUGUUGCUGAGACGGCCACUGCCCCCUAUACUAACGUGUGGGCUCAGAUCAGUGCGGAGGACAACCGCGCGGUGUGGGACUUCGUUCACGAUCCGGCACUGGGAUUGAACCUCACGGAUCCGGAAGAGGCCACCCAGACGGACAACUACGUCUAUUUCAUCGACACGGUUCCUGUGAACAAGACAGACGUGCUCGCAUACAAGGCAGGCGGUCCUCCUCCUCCGAAAUACGCUCGUGUUAUCCUCUUCCAGGGUGGGAAAGCCGACCCGGAUUCCCAGGAAUACAUGGUUGGACCUCUGCCAGUCAGCACGACUACCACUAUUCAGCCUCUUGACUACUUGUACAAUGGUGGACAAGGUGGCCGCGUUCCUUUUAACGCUCGCGUUUUCGACGGACCCCGGUCAGCUGCCACCGAGCCUCUCAUCGCCGAGACGAUGAGCAGCAUCGCCGACAUCACGGCGGCUUUGUUCCAGGGAAGUGUCUACUACGGGUCUGAGGAUGAGCGAACCAAUCUCAGCGCCACAUCAGGGACGCCUCAAUCAUUCGAUGGAACUCAAUCGUUCCGUUCUAUCUUGUUCCGCCUCCCUGGCGUUGCGAGCUAUUUGACACCAAUAGAUUUCUACCUCUUGAUCGACUGCACAGGCACCGAUUCGUCGCUAUAUUUCCUCAAGGGAUUCGUGACCAAGGAGCGCUUCUUCGAAACCGAAGUCGAACUUCGCGCUGCGUUCGAUGCUGGCGAACUUGUUCAAGACUAUCAACAGACCCUCGAUGCUGACUGGGCUUUGGUUAACCACAAAGACGAUAUGGGUCAGCGUGACCUGGAGGACCGGUUUGCGCCAUCAAGCAUUGAGCUCGGUGGGAAGCGUUACAAGGUAGAUCCUGAAGCACAAUACAUCGAGUACAUGGGUUUCACGUUCUACCUAUCGUUCUCCAGGACCACUGGAAUAUCCAUCCAUGACGUCAAAUACAAGGGCGAUACUGUGCUUUUUGAGCUUUCGCUGCAGGAAGCGUUGGCACAGUAUGGUGGCAAUCAGCCCAAGGCUGCUAAUACUGUGUAUCAUGACACAUAUUACUCGCUCGGAACUGAUAUGGGCACUUUGCUUGAAGGAUAUGACUGCCCCUUCGGGUCGACCUUCUGGAACGUCUCGUACCACGAGGCCAACACCACCGUCACCAACACGGACUCGAUUUGCAUCUUCGAGCACGAUAUGAACUUCCCUCUCGCCCGGCACCGCACCGGCGGUGGUAGCAGUGACUACGGCUUCGCGAACCUUGGUGUUGUGAAGGGCGCUGCACUCACCGUCCGCGCGAUCGCCACCAUCGGCAACUACGACUACAUGUUCGAUUAUUCCUUCCACCUCGACGGCAGCAUCGAGGUCGCCGUUCGCGCAUCUGGUUAUCUCCAGUCCUCCCCGUACUACGCCAACCAAACCUCGUGGGGCCCCCGGAUCCAUGACGCCACCAUGGGCAGUCUGCACGACCACAUCAUCAACUACAAAGCCGACUUCGACAUCGUCGGGGUGAACAAUAGCCUGCAAGUAUCCGAGCUAGUCGUCGCCAACGUCACCCAGCCGUGGUUCCCCGAACUUGGCACCUUCGAGCAGAUGAAGAUGAACGUCAGUUACAAGGCUGAAGAAGAGCAGUUCGACUGGGCUCCGAACAACCAAGCCAUGUACGUCGUGCUCAACAAGAACGAGACCAACAAAUGGGACCAGCCCCGCGGCUACCGCAUCGUCCCCGGCCGCUCGGACAUCCAUCUCUCGAUCGCAAACUCCCCCUGGUCACGCGACAACGCGGCGUUCGUGAAAAGCCACCUCGCCGUCACCCAGCAGCAUGACAACGAGCCGUUCAGCAACAGCAUCCAGAACGUCAAUCUGCCGUGGGCGCCGCAGCAGGACUUCGCGGAGUUCUUCGACGGUGAAAGCGUGGACGACACGGAUCUGGUGGUGUGGUUCAACCUGGGGAUGCAUCAUUUUACGCGGGCGGAGGACGUGCCGGUGACUUUGUACAGCGAGGCGUAUGCGAGCAUUGUGUUCGCGCCGCAGAACUUCAAUGAUCAGGCGCAGGAUGGAGAUCUAUUGAAUCGGAGGUGGAUCGUACCGAAUAAGACGGCCACCGGGGAGUAUGUGCUAGAGUUUGAGAAUUAUGGAGUGCCGUUGCCCACUUGCGCGGUGCAGUUCAGCGAGCCGGUUCUUGGAAUCGAGGUGGAUGUCACUACCUAAGGAGAGGGAAUGGUGAUUUGGAUCGGAUGCCUUGAGUUCUCAUCACACUGAUGGUCACGAUAGGAGUUGGAUGGAUGGCAGAUAUGAGUGAACGCGAUAGGCUCAUUUACGAUGGGCUCUG